GGUCCCCAGCUCCAUUAACUUGUUGCCUUUCAAGCCAUCUCUGAAGGCUGUUCGUUUCUUUUGGCUGCCUCUGUGUCAGUGCUGAGUGGGGUCUGAAGGCUUCCUUGAGGAUGGAGGAAGCCCGAGAGCAGUGGGUGAUGUUGACGGACCCAGCAAUGACUCUGAACAAUGUCACCAUGCGCCAGGGCACUGUGGCCAUGCAGCCGCAGCAGCAGCGCUGGAGCAUCCCAGCCGACGGCAGGCAUCUGAUGGUUCAGAAGGAGACCCACCAGUACGGCCAGCGCGGCCGUCACUCUGCCGCCCCAGAAGACCACUGCCGCCAGAGCUGGUCCUCCGACUCCACAGACUCCGUCAUCUCCUCCGAGUCGGGGAGCACCUACUACCGGGUGGUGCUCAUAGGGGAGCAGGGGGUGGGCAAGUCCACUCUGGCCAACAUCUUUGCAGGUGUACAUGACAGCAUGGACAGCGACUGCGAGGUGCUGGGAGAAGAUACAUAUGAGCGAACGCUGAUUGUUGACGGGGAAAGUGCAACAGUUAUACUUCUGGACAUGUGGGAAAACAAGGGAGAGAAUGAAUGGCUCCAGGACCACUGCAUGCAAGUCGGGGACGCCUACCUGAUUGUCUACUCCAUCACGGACCGAGCCAGCUUCGAGAAGGCAUCUGAGCUGCGAAUCCAGCUCCGCCGGGCUCGGCAGACAGAGGACAUUCCUAUAAUUUUGGUUGGCAACAAAAGUGACCUGGUGCGGUGCCGGGAAGUGUCUGUAUCAGAAGGGAGAGCGUGUGCUGUGGUGUUCGACUGCAAGCUCAUUGAGACGUCUGCGGCUGUCCAGCACAACGUGAAGGAGCUGUUUGAGGGCAUCGUGCGGCAGGUCCGCCUUCGGCGGGACAGCAAGGAGAAGAACGAGCGGCGGCUGGCCUACCAGAAAAGGAGGGAGAGCAUCCCCAGGAAAGCCAGGCGCUUCUGGGGCAAGAUCGUGGCCAAAAACAACAAGAACAUGGCCUUCAAGCUCAAGUCCAAAUCCUGCCAUGACCUCUCUGUGCUCUAGGCACCCAGAGUCACCCAGAUGUCCCCUUGAUGGGCAUCAUUGAACUCCACUGGGACUGAUAAUCUAUAUUAGAUUGGAUCCUUAAGUAUGAUUACAUAUGGCUUCCCCCAUUGUAGCUGGGAAUUAAACGUGUUAGCCUCGAGGGCGACAUAAUGCAUGGGAAAUGAAAGAUCUUUGUAAAAUCAGUAUUUAUUUACAGGAAAAGCCUGACCUGGCUACUUGAACACCCAAGAACAUCCUCCUUAGAGGACGUGUUUGGUGUUCACUUGUGUUCCUCUCUCUUUUGCAUAGUAGAGAAGUGAAGCCUACAAAAGAAUGCUCAGAACGAGAACUUUUCAUUGUUAAAAUGUCAGCCAGUGUUCUGAUACGUGAAUUUGAGGCCAUUAGGCCACAGACAAAUACAGGAAAGUCUUCAAAGGAUUUAUUCAAAGGAGGGAGAAUGUCUUUCUCUGUACCUUAUAUUCGUGGAGCUGGGAUUAUAGAACCGAGCUCGUCAUAAUCAUGACCAUCGUUGCUCCAUCAAGCUGUGAAAAGUUAUGGGGGACCUUGGUGGAAACUAAGGCUUAGCGAACAGUCUUGUUCAGUGCCCACGGUCGGGGACCCAGAAAUUUAUAGAAUUGGGAACUGAUACAGAUACUACUUAUGGGAUCAAAAGUCAUAUCUUUGCUUCUGUGUCUUGUAAUUUUUUGUUUUGGGGAAAAUUAUUUUGAUCAAACUCUACUUUAGUCAGACCACCUUUUAAGGUUCAUUGUUGUUAAAGUCGUGGGGCCAUCAUGAAACUAUUUAAAAAAUCUGAAUUACUGAUAACCUGGAGUGCAAAAUGCCAAAUUUUGAAGUAUGAUCGAAGGUCUGAAUUUUUAUAAAACACAAUACUUCCAGUACGUUGGGUUGACCCUUGUAUGCCACAGCUCUGCUGUAUUUAUUGUUAUUUUGCAAAGUAAUAACCAUUUUAACAUUUGAUAAAGCAUAUUUAUGAACAUAUUUCUUAAUAGGAAAAAUGUCCAUUUUAUUACCAUUUUCUAUCUCUUUCAGAAUAUGCAAGUUUUUACUUAUAUGUCUUAUAAUAAAAGAAAUAAAAUCUUUGGGACAAAAAA